GUAUGUAGCUCAGUUUGUAAAUGUCCGUUGACUUAACAGGUUGUCUAUACGAAUCCUAGUCAAAUUCAACAAUUUAAUACAGAAAAAUGUCGUCAAAAGUUGCCAUAGUUACCGGUGCUAAUAAAGGCAUAGGAUUUGCAAUUGUCCGUGGAUUAUGCAAGCGUUUUGAUGGCGUGGUCUACUUGACUUCCCGAGAUAUUGAGCGCGGGAAAAAAGCUGUAGCUGACCUUGAGAAAGAAGGCUUAAAACCUAAAUUCCACCAACUGGACAUCACAAACAAGAAAAGUGUAGAAGUAUUCAGGGAUUAUAUCAAGGAAAAAUAUGGCGGAAUUGAUGUUUUGGUAAACAAUGCAGCUAUAGCUUUUAAAGCAGCCGCUACUGAGCCUCAGUCAGUCCAAGCUGAACAAACCCUGUUUGUAAAUUACUUUAGUUUGGUGUCUACAUGCGAAAUACUCUUCCCGAUACUUAAAAAUGGCGCUAGAGUGGUCAAUGUUUCUAGUUCUGCGGGACAUUUGUCCAGAAUUCCGAGCCAAGCGCUUAAAGACCGACUUUCUGAUGAAAAGUUGACGAUACCUGAACUGUCUAAGUUGAUGCAGGAUUACGUAGAUGCUGUGAAGCGAGGGUCUUAUGCUGAGGAAUGGGGCAAGUCCUCCUAUGUUGUUUCUAAAGUCGGUGUGAGUGCUUUGACGAAUAUUCAGCAGAGACUGGUUAAUGAUAGAGACAUAAAGGUGAACUCCGUGCAUCCAGGCUACGUAGACACAGACAUGACAUCUCACCAAGGGCCUCUGACGAUCGAUGAAGGCGCGGCGGCUCCACUUUACCUCGCUUUAGACGCCCCUGAUUCCGUAAGAGGCAAAUAUUUGUGGCACGACAAGGAUAUUGUUGAGUGGGACAGCAAAGUGAUUUCUAAGAACCCCGGUUAUUAAUCAUUAGUACCUAAAAUAAUUCAAUGUUGUCAUCUAGUUUUAAUAAAAAAAUAGCACCACUUUAGCAUGAAGGGGGAUAAAAGUCUUUUCAAAUCUUUGUCUCUGGAUUUUGAUAAAAAAUAAAGUUAGUUCAGUUUUUUUUAUCCUUUACAAAAAUUAUAAGAAAAUUAUAACAAAAAAAAAAUGUAGGUAAGCAUGUUUAAGUCUAUCAAUAAUUAAAAAAUUGUUGGUUCCUAUCGAUAUUAUUUUUAAACUUUUCAUUAUCUCUGUUAUCAUUUUAGUGUGAAUGGGAUUUAUCAAGUGAUUGACUAUUUUGUUACGAUAUCGAUUAGAUAAAAUUAUCUGUUUGUUAUGAAGUGUCAAGUGUGCCUUAUUUAGACUGUGUUAUAGAAUAAGUUGUUAUGAAUUAUCAUCUAAGAAGUUGGUCUAAAUAAACAAUGUGAUUAACAUAA